CGAUAGCACCCUACUCAGCCCCAACUUUCUCCACCACCCUGACUCCAACUCCGACGAUAGCCCCCUACUCAGCUCCAACUUUCUCCACCACCCAGACACCGACGAUAGCCCCCUGCACCAUCCUAACACAAACUGCCCCACCCUGCUCCUCCUUAAAUAAAGCAUUAAUCUACUGCACCUCUCCACCUCCAACUGUGACAUCGUGCCACCCAACAACCCAAACCGCCCUUCCCUACAUCUCCUUAAUUCAGACCAUACCACCUGGGAACCCCCCAUGUCAGACCAUAACACCUGGGAACCCCCCAUGUCAGACCAUACCCCCUGGAAACCGUCCAUGUCAGACCAUACCACCUGGGAACCCCCUAUGUCAGACCAUACCACCUGGGAACCACCCAUGUCAGACCGUACCCCCUGGGAACCCACCAUGUCAGACCAUACCCCUGGGAACCCUCCAUGUCAGACCAUACCACCUGGGAACCCCCCAUGUCAGACCAUACCACCCUGCUCCUCCCAACCUCCAGUAGUUCCUUCCUACUCCGCCCACAUUCAAAUCCAAACCAUAAAAUACUGCUCCUCUCACUCUCCCAUCGUAAAAAGCUGCAACUCCCCACCUCCAAUGGUAAAAUCCUACCAUACACUUCCAACGGAUCCAUCUUGCGCCACUCCCACAAAAACUGUGCCCCUCUAUGCUUCCACAUUUCGGCCUGCACCCCCCUACACCCCCCCACCUCAGGCCCAAUACUGCAUCACUCAGGACAGGAGGGUGAUAGAGUGGGAGUGUAAAGGGGAGAGAAGGAUACUUCCACCGCCACCCCCGCCACCUCCCCCAUACACCCCACGCAAAGAGGGGGUGAGCUGCACCUCAGGCCCAGGUCACCGCGCGCCCCUGCUCAGGCGAGCGAGUGAGAAGGAGAAGUCAGGGAGAUCAGGGUCACCUGUGCACUAUCCCCGAGCCGGUUCUCUGAAACACAAAGCUCAAACACCCCCGGAGGUCCCUCUGAAGGGGAACCAGGGGGACCAGGGUUCCUCGCCAACCAAGGCAAUCCCCAGACCCACCUGCCUGGGCCAGGCUCAGGCUCAGCUGGGGGCUCAGAUUGGUGCCCUCCAUAAGAUGCUCUGCUCUGGGCCCAACACCCCCAACAGCCAGCACGCUUUCCCCCCCGGCCAGUACCCCUCCGGGGCCCGGGGCUGCUCUGGCUCUGGAGGGGGCUCCUCGGCCGGGCCCCUGACCUCCAUCCAGGCAGACACACUGAGGCAGGUGCAGGAGAUCCUGGGGGGGCUGGUGUCAGGGGCCAGGAGUAAACUGGAUCCCACCUGGGUGGCAGAGAAACUGAUGGGUCCCAACGGGCCCCUGCACGACAUCCGCAGCCUGCAGACCCAGCUGCACAGCCUGGAAGGGGUCUUGGAGACCAGCCAGAAUACCAUCAAGGUACUGCUGGACGUUAUUCAGGACCUGGAGAAGAAGGAGGCUGAGAGAGAUGGGAGACACUCCUACCGGACAGGCCAAGACAUAGAGAACUGUGGUACGUGUAGAGACUGUGCCUGCAUCAUAUACAGUGUGGAGCAUGACUUCCGACUGCAGGAGGGGGCAGUGACCCGCACGUGGAGGGUAGAGGACCCUCCAGAGGGCUCCCCCCUGCCCGCUGUGACCCCUCAGCCCACCACGCCACACCGCCAGGAAACACCCCUGCCGGUGACACCGGCACGCCCCCCUCACAGUGGCAAGAAAAGCAGGAAGAAGUGCUUCUGGUUCUUGUGAACUAUAAACUUUGGAGGGAGGGUGGGAUAGGGAAGGACACAAUGAAUAAGGCCACUCCUUCUUAAGUUUGUGAAGGAUGGCGAUGUAUACAGUACUUUACAUGCUUCCUCUAUAGACUGUGAGGCUCUGAAUGGUAGUGUGUGAAGUGAUGUGGAUGGAGAGAGAGAAAGAAAAUGGAAGCUCAAAACAAGUGUGAGAAGAAGCAGUAAAAAGAGUUUAAAAGAGAUAUAAAAGAGGUAUAAAAUAGAUAUAAAAGAGGAUUCAAAUAUAAAUAAGAGGUAUAAAGAGAAAUCAAAUAUAAAUAACAGAGGUAUAAAAGAAACAAAAGUAGUUAAAGGAACUGGAAGAACCAUAGUGUGUAGAUGAAUGGAAUCUGAUCCUGGUGUUGGAACUGUAUAGAGUGAAGAAUGGAACGAACAUGCUUGUGUUGUAGUUGCACCUAAAUAAAUGCCUCUUCAGCACCUGAGAUCAGUUUUUAGUGCAGGGAGGGAGGUACUGUAAAAUGUUCUAAAAUGUACUAAGCUUUGAACAGGCCUACCUGGUAGGGGCAAUUAUAGAAGUGAAAGUGUAGAAGAUGAAAAUAAAGGGUAAGGAUAAAAUGAAGGAUAAGGAUGUGAGGAGGUAUAAAAGGCUAGGGCAUGGUGGGAUUAAAUAAGAGCAGAAAAUAAUGAGUGUACAGAGAGAAGAGUGGAAUGAUCCAUCGGCAUCACUAAUGGACAAAUGAUGGUUAGAACACCAGCUUUUAUAUCCUGAGAUGUUUCAACAAAUCAAUUAUUAUGAUGUCCCUUAUUUAAAACUUUUAAUAGAAUUGAUCAUACAAAAACUACACACAUACAUACAACAACACAGGCUGAGAAAUGCACCAGGAGAAAAAGUGAGGGGGAAAAAAACAUAUUAAAGUGUACAUAAAACACAGAGUUCUACUGGUUGAAUUGCUAUAUUUCAGAUACGGAUUACUGCUCUAUAAAGUAUUUUACAACAA